AUGAGUGAAAAUAAAUUAUUCGGAUUCCCGGCUUAUCCUAAAUUCCAAGAAGGAAAGCCCCGCUUCCCACAAGAUACAUUCGUUGGCAGAUAUCUACACUACUUGGAUGUCAUUGAUCCCAGAACACUCUUUGUCAGCGAUGAGAAAAUAGAGAGCAGUCUAAAACUGUUGGAAUCAUACAAAAAUGGGAAUAAGGAUAUAAGUGACAGGCAACUCUGGGAUGCUCAAAAGCUUAAACAGGCUACAUUUCAUCCAGACACAGGAGAGAAGGUGUUCCAGCCGUUCAGAAUGAGUGGCUAUGUACCAUUCGGAUGGAUAACAGUAACUGGAAUGCUUUUGCCUAACCCUUCAUGGCCAACUUUGUUGUUCUGGCAAUGGAUGAAUCAAUCCCAUAAUGCUAUGGUCAAUUAUGCCAAUCGCAAUGCAAGUCAACCUCAGCCUAUUUCUAAAUUCGUAGGAGCGUAUGCCAUGGCUGUCACUGCCGCCUGUUCCAUUUCUGGAGGUUUGACGUACGUUAUCAAAAACUCGGGUUCAUUAUCAACCACUACAAGAUUAGUGAUCCAGAGAUUUGUUCCUCUGCCGGCAACAUCGUUAGCUUCCUCUCUCAAUUGCAUUUUCAUGCGAUGGAACGAAAUGAAGACCGGAAUUGAAGUCUAUGAUAAAGAUGGACAAGUUGUUGGAGUGUCAAAAGUAGCAGCCAAAGCGGCUGUAAGAGAUACAACUCUUGUCAGAGCAUUCUUACCUGUUCCUUUACUAUUAAUCCCUCCUUGUAUACUUCCAUUUAUUGAGAGGCUCAAAUGGGUGAAAUCUUCGCCCGUUCGACAUCUCCUAGUUAAUGCCAUGGUUUGCACAGUGUCAUUUGCCAUUUCUCUUCCGGUUGCACUGGCUUUGUUCCCACAAGAAUCUUCAGUAAGUCUUCUGUUAUCGUUAUCUUGA